AUGUCGCCAUUUACGCCCAACGAACGCCAAAGGCGAAUUCUCCAACUAUCAUCAGAAUGGGGUGUCACACUUCCGCCGGCGCCGGAACCCCUCACCAAACCUCUGCAGAAUCCGACAUUCAAGGGGCCCGGAGAUGACGAUGCUGCCGAGAGCUUGAUGCAGAGGCGAGCCGCCGAUGCCGCUCAGCUGCGACCAAAAGGCGGGCUUUCGAGGGCAUUCUCCACGACAAAUCUCAAAAAGGGCAAACACUGGGACCCUCGCGAGAUAGUCGAGGUUUUAGCUACCCACGUAGCUAACAACGGCUCGCCGGGCGUCGCCGAAGCCCUGAUUGAAAAGCUCUCUGCUGCAGGCGUCGACCUGUCGGGGAAUCAAAAGCAGAAAUCGAGUCUUUUGAGCCGCCGAAAAAGCGUGGAUCUUUUGACGGACCGGGCCCGCCUGCUUCGUCUUGCUACUGAGAGCGGCAGCCUGCAAAUGGUUCAGGUGCUAAUACCUCAUGCCGAUGCGCUGGCGAUUGAUGCCAGCAUCGCUGUUGCGAUUAGAAGAAGCAAUACCCCCAUUGUGGAAUUGCUGCUAAGAUAUGGCGCCAAUGUCGGUGAAAUAGCAGACGGGCAGGAUGCUUUCCGUCAAGCUUGCGCGCAACAUGGACAAGACCCCAUGAUUGCCAUGAUUCUUAGUUCGGCAGGGCGACCUUCACCGGCCACGAUAUCGCAAGCAAUGGGUGACGCUUCCCGAUCCGGCUGCCUGAACAACGUGUUGCAGCUUAGUCGAUCCACCGGAGAUGGAAACUAUAAAAAUGGAGAGGCACUCAUCACCGCCGUCAACAUGGGCCGGCGAGAUAUCGCCCUGGCCAUCAUCAUGGGAAACAGACCACCACAGCCAUCCUCGCUCAACAGUGCCUUCAAUAUCCUUCACUCACAUCCAUCUAUAGGCCCUGCUACAAAACUCGACAUUGCUGAGCUGUUGUUGUGCGCAGGCGCCACGGGGGAGGCACCGGCCUUGGCGCUGGAGCAGGCCUGCAAAGCGCAGUUUGACGACAUGGUAUGUCUUCUCUCCUCGUACAACGUCUCUAUCGAAUACAACCAGGCCUCUGCAAUCAAGUAUGCCAUCAAGAACGGCGAAAUGGAACUGGUAGAGAAGCUAUUGAGCAGCGCGGCGCCGUUGAGCCCGCAAUACGCGUCGUCGUGCGUUGGAAUGAUACCAAAGCAGGCGUCAUUCGACGCGCGAAACUCUCUUCUGAUGCAGCUCCUGCACCGUGGUGCCAAUGGCCAAGCUCUGAGCCAAUGUCUGAUUGAUUCAGCCGAAUCGGGUGAUCUCAGCUCGGUUGACUUGCUUCUUAACCCACGAUUUCCUCAGCAAAGUCAUGGGACCCCAAACGGGUCUGCCUCGCCACUCAGCACGCAUGCAGUGGCAUCGGCCGAUUAUCGAAAUGGUGAAGCAUUACGAACUGCUGUUAUCCGAGCCGAUGUGCCCCUCGCUCAAAAGAUCCUCAAAGCGCGCCCCUCACCCCAAACAAUCGCUGCCGUCUUUCCGCUCACGAGGAAUCUGCCCGUGCAAGAGCGGCACCAAAUGGUGAGCUUGUUCCUGGAAGGCUCGCUUUCUGGCGAUUGUCUCCAUGCCGCUCUACAAGACGCGCUCGCACCCCCUCAAGCACAGAGAGACGAGAACAUUAUCAAGCAGCUGCUAGCCAGCGGCGCUGACAUCAACUACAAUUCUGGAGAAGGUCUUGUGCCGCUCAUCAAGCAGAUGGACUUGAGUCUCCUUAGCAUCAUGAAAGCAAGCAUGUCUCCCCAGACAGCCGCCUCGCGUAUUCCGGAUGCAAUGAAGGCCUCGGAUCAUCGAUCAAGAUUUGAGAUGGUAAACAUAUUUCUUCAAGCUGGUGCAACGAUCGGAGUCUCGGAGGUGGCUUCUGCGACCCUGGAGACAUUAUCGGAAACGCCAGUCGACAUGUCGCUUCUCCGACUGCUUCUAGAAACAGGCGGCGCUGAUGUGAAUGGCUGCGAGGGCGCCAUCAUGACCAAAGCCAUAGAAAAUUCAGACCCGAAACUCCUCCAACUGGUACUGUUCUACGGAAGCCCAUCAGAAUCAUCAAUAACACGUGCUCUGGAUGCUCUGGCCCCGAAAUUGUCCAACGAUGUCAAGAAGUGGAAAUUCGAGGCUGUUCUCUCAAAGUUGACAAAAACGAUUGACUUGAAUCGUGUGCUGAUUCUUGAAGUUCAGUCGAUCGUCGAGCACAAAACUUUGCAGCCGAGUUUGGAUAUCUUGGAUAUUCUUUUGAAUUAUAAUGCAGAUCCGAAUGCUUUCAAUGCUGCUGCGCUCUGUCAUGCUGUCAUUGCGGCGGAUAUCCCAACAAUUACCCAUCUUCUCCAAGCCCGUAUCAAAAUCAGACCCGCUAGCUUGGGCAUUUCUUUGCCGCAUGCACUCAGCAUUUCUGAUCAAUCUGCGCGCCGCUCCGUCACCCAAGCGCUGAUCGAUGCCGGGGCACCCCCUGCCGAGGUUAACAGAGCUCUUCAGCAUGCUAUCAAGGCCCACACUCAGGACACAGCACUGAUUGAGCUUCUUUCUUCAAAAUCAGACAUUGGAGAAGGCAAUGUUUUGUCACUCGCUGUCGAAAAGGAAUCACCAGAGCUCAUAUCAAUUCUGCUGAAGAAUGCAAGCUCCUCCCCCCAGGCACGCAGCACAGCCCUGACACGAGCAAUGGAUAUUAAAACGCGGAACCUGCGGCACGAUAUUUGUAAGCAGCUUCUGGCCUGUGGUGUCCCUGCCGACGCUGCCUCCGUUGCCCUCUUGGUGGCUGCGCGGGACGGCGACGUAGCACUCGGCGAUGCAUUGAUAGUGCACGGCGCGAGCAUCACCAAAAACAACGGGCAGGCAAUCAUUGAAGCCUGUCGUGGCGGCUCCAUCGACGUACUCAAGGUUCUACUAAAGCCCGACGGACAAACGUCAAAGCAGACGCUUAAUGAAGCAUUCCAGGCUGCUACCGAGGUACGAGAUUUGGACAAACGCGCCGUCGUUUUCGAGUACCUUCUUCGCUGCGGCGCAUCUGGUGAGUUCAUCGAUGCGCAGCUUCAAUCCGCGGCGAGGUAUGGUGAACCAGGGGAGAGUCUACUCAAGGUGCUACUGGAAGCUGGAGCAGAUCCCAACUAUAACAGCGGUGAGGCAAUCGUCGCUGCAACGCGGAGUGCUUUUAUGAACAGCCUGCAGCUACUUCUAGGUAUAUGGGAUGAUGGAAAGAAUCAGAAAUUGCCUUCGCAGCCUACGUUGGUUCGCGCGCUGAAAACGUCCUGGAACCUCAACCGCGACACUCGCUAUGCCGUUCUUGAAGAUCUAAUCAGAGCUGGCUUACAGCCUUGUGAAGAUUUACACAUUCUUCUCAACUACGCGGUAAAUGAGAAAGAUCCCGAAGAGCGCCUGGUACGUCUACUCCUCGACAAUGGUGCUUCAGCUACUUCGAACAGCUGUAAGACCUUGGUUGAUGCCGUGCAGAAUAUGGCUUCUUCCUGUCUCUCACUUCUGCUGCAACGCGAGAUUGCGCAAGAUGAUAUCAACCAAGCCUUCAAUGGAGCUUUCACUGCAGAGACCUUUGCCAAUUGGUUUACUUCCAGUGGUCUUGAGACAGCUCAACUACUUCUGGACAAGGGCGCAAGCGGAGAUGCGUUGAGCCAAUCUCUGCUGCUGGUCAUGCAAAAGUCAACUCCAGAAACCACUGAUCUUGCAGACCAGUUUGUCCAGGUCCUGGUGUCCCACGGUGCCGACGUCAACUACAACCGAGGCCUUCCUUUGCAGCAGGCUGCAUCGGUGGCAAACGUAGAGUGGACACGCAAACUUCUGGGUCGCAAGCCAACGUCCGAGACGCUAUCUCUGGCGUUGCAUUGCCUUUUUGACACUGCGCUCAGUGAGAAAGAGGUCCUGGGCCUAUUCAAACUAUUCGUCGAGUUUCGAGACGGGGAUGCUCAAGUAGACGUCAUGCUGGCCCUGCAAGGGUCGGAACCAGUGUUGGUGCGCGCCAUGAGGCAGUAUCCGCGUUCGUCUAUGAUUUUAUCAACACUGCUCGAUACAGGAUAUUACCAUGAUCAGCUCACCACCUUCACACUGCAUUCGGACGUAGGUGAGGAAAAGGUCACACUACUCUCUUGGGCCAUUGCUCAGCCCCAGAAGCGGAUCAGCACAGCCGUCAUCAAGCUUCUGAUCGAGCGAGGCGCCAAGGUCAACGUGACAUCAUCCUUGUCAGGCUCGACUCCCCUAACGCUCGCCGUCUUGCAUCGCCGCCCAGAAGUGGCCAGGCUGCUGCUCAUUGAAGGCGCCGAAGUCGACGUCAAUGACUAUAUGGGCCGCACGCCCCUCUCAAUGGCAACCGACAUGGAUGGCGAAGUCGCUCUGCAGCUUAUGACGAGCAUCCUCGCUGCCGAUCCCUGCCGCGAUGACGGCUCCCUGCACAACGCCGCGCGGGAGCUCAACCUCUCCGCCGUCAAGGUCCUCGUCGAGGCCGGCCACGACCCCGAUUUUCCAAGCACCCUCCAUGACGGCCGCAGCGCCCUCGGUGAGGUCUGCUUGCAGGCCGCGACAACUGACGACGGCGACGAGAUGCCGCCCGAGCGCGAGCGGCUCAUCCAGAAAGUCAUGGCGUUUCUCAUCGACGCCGGGUCGGACCUCGCCAUUCGCUCCGCCGACGGCAAGCCGCUAUUACAUCUGUGCUUUGCCUCGCACGCGCCCGUACCCACGACGCGCGCGCUGCUCAAAGCUGGCAUGUGGAAGCACAUCAACAAGCCGUUUACCCGCUACACCGACGACCGCUACACCUACUCGCCGACCAUGUACGUCGCGAAAGCCUCGCCGCCGCUGCCCCGCCGCGACGAGCUGCUCGCCGUUCUGCGCGCCAACCGCGCGGCCGACGUCUUUUACGCCACGUCGGCCUCGGACACGCAGCCCCCUGAUGCCAUCGGCCUCCCUGACGACCUCGCGUCCAUGGAGCGGGCCCGCAGCGCGCGUCUCGCCCGCCUCGCGCAAGAAUCGGAGGAGCAUGCCGUGACACUCUCGCGCCGCCGCGAGCUCGCCAGCGUCGAGCAGCAAAUUGCCUCUACGCGCGCCGCCAUGGAAGACGCACGCCUGCAGCGGCAGCACGCCGAGGAGCUGGCCGGCGUGCGCGCCCGUGCGCAACUCGAGGAGUCGAUCGCCGCGACGACGCUCCAGCGGCGGCUCGCGGACCAGCGCACCGUGACCGAGGCGGCGAUGAACCGCACGCGCGCGCUCGCGGCCGCCGAGACGGACGCCGAGGACAAGCGGCACCGGAAGGCGGUGGAGUGGGAGGGGUCGAUCAACAAGGAGCGCGCCGACGCGGCGAGGGCGCUGAGCGCGAUACGGAUCAGCGAGAGAGAGGCGCUGGAAAGGAUUGACCGCGCGGCGGAGCAGAGGGUGGCCAAGAGAAUCGAGGCGCAGCGGACGCUGGCCGAGAGCCAGGAGAGGCUGGCGGGACGGCUGGCGAAUGGGACAGUCGGGGCUGGUCUGGAUCCGCGACGGCAGAUUGGGUUCGUGACGGAGGAGCUGAACUAG